UCAUUUCUGGAUUCUCCCAUCCACCCACCUCCAUACAUCUAUAUAUAUAUAUAUAUAUAUAUAAAACACCUUCUCAAUUCAAACCCAAUAAACCAUUUUCACAAACUCUUAACCUUCUCUCCCUUCAUGGCUCCUUCACUAAAAUUUCCAUUCCUUCUCUUCCUCUCAUCUCUCUUCCUCAAUGCAGCUCUAGGGGAAAUUGUGUGCGAGGAGUUGCCGAAAGAUAAGUGCGCCUAUGCGAUAUCAUCGACGGGGAAAAGAUGUUUGCUGGAGACGUAUAUAAGGAGAAAUGGAGGGGUGGAGCUGGUCUGCCGAACAUCGGAGGUGGUGGUCGAUAGGAUGGCGAAAUAUGUAGAGACCGAUGAAUGCGUCUCUGCUUGCGGCGUUGAUCGUAACUCUGUCGGAAUCUCCUCUGAUUCUUUGCUCGAUUCUUCCUUCACCUCCAAGCUCUGUUCUUCUGAUUGUUUCCACAACUGCCCCAACAUUGUUGACCUUUACUUCAAUUUGGCUGCUGGUGAAGGUGCAUUUUUGCCUGACCUGUGCGAGGCUCAACGCAGCAAUCCCCACCGUUCAAUGAUCGAGAUAUUGAGCUCCGGUGCAGCCCCUGGUCCGAUAUCUAGUGAAUCAUCUGAAUCUGCUGCGCCUGCACCGGCUCUCCUGUAAUCAACAAUGCUUUAGUGAAUAUAUAAUAUAUAUAUAUAUAUAUAUUAUUAUUUCAUUAAAAAAGCUUACUAGUUUAGAUGGCUUAUACAUUUUACAGAGGAAUAAUUAGCACAAAAAUAUUAUAGGGAGAGAAAUAAAAAAAUGGAAUGGGAAG